AUGGCUUCGGCGCAGAUACCCAUAUCUCCAACGUCGUCCAAGCGCUCGCGUAGCAGAGACAGCGCGCAAUCAGGAACCACCUCUUCCCUCAACACUCCCGCCGGCAAUACGCCCUUGGCCACGCCGUCUGUGAGCACCAACAGCCUCGUAAUCCCCUCUUCCACGCCCAGUACACCAUUGAACGGGGAACACUGGAUUCAAGAUGGGACUCCAUACCCGGCCUUUUUGCGCGCGAAUAGGGGCGAUCUACACAUGAAAUGGACACAUCUGGAGAUGGCGCAACUUGAGCGUCUGCGGGACGCCAUGCACGCCCAAGUGAACGGGUCCGAGCAGUCGUACGAAUACUCAAGAUGCAAUGGCGAAGAGCACGCGCCACGCAAUAGGUAUGCGAACGUGAACCCAUACCUGGCGCAUCGUGUCAAGUUGGAGGUCCCCGAGGGACACAGCGACUACAUCAAUGCAUCGCCAAUCACCCUGACGACAACCAAGUCAAAUACCGUCUUGAAAUACAUUGCUACACAGGGUCCGAUAGCAGACAGUUGGUCGCACAUCUGGCGCAUGAUCUGGAAAGAGAACCAGGACCCGGCAGUUAUUGUGAUGCUCACGCAAACCCACGAGACUGGCCGAGAGAAAUGCUACCCAUACUACCCACAGUCGCCAUCGAAUCCCGACAUGCGCAUCAACGAGCACGAUGAGUUUGAGGACGGCCUCAUCCACAACCUCCACCUGGCAUCGCUACACCAGGACGAGGAGGCCAGAACCCAAGUCAGGGAGAUUGACAUGACAACGGACGAUAGCGACGAGAUGCGGAAGAUCUGGCAUCUUCUGUUCGCCGGCUGGCCAGACUUCUCCGCGCCUGAAGGAGCAGACCGCGCAGCUCUCCUCCGCCUCAUCGAAAUCUCGCGCGAAAAAGGCGGCGACCUCGCCACGAACCCCCGCAUCGUGCACUGUAGCGCAGGCAUCGGCCGCAGCGGCACAUUCAUCGCGCUCGAAUAUCUCCUGCAAGAACUGGCAGAAGGUAGCCUCGACGCCGUCCCCGACACCGACGACCCCAUCGUCUCCGUCAUCACGCAGCUCCGCGACCAGCGCGCCGGCAUGGUUCAAGCCAAACUCCAAUUCCUCUUCCUCUACGACGCGCUCCGCGAGCGCUGGCGCGAACACUGGAUCGCCACGCACCCCGACGAAGCCGCGCAGCUCGGCAUCGCCACCUCGCCUGAUCGCGAGCCGGCACUCAAACGCCAGAAAUCAAAUCGUGAAGCGGGCUAUGUGAGUGACGCUGCGUCAGAUCCUGACGCGCGCGCUGCGCUCGAAGCGGAACUCCAGGGCGCGGAUAUGAGUUAUCAAGGUGAGACUUAA